GGUAGCCAAAGAUGUGUGACCUCUACUUUUUCACCCUAGUCGGAGAAUUUUGGUCCGAACUCCUCAAUCAUUGGAUGCCCAAAGCCCACAUUUUUACAUGAAUAACGAAGUUUAUAAAUGUCGCCUCUCUUUUUCUCGCCUCCAGCUAUUUCAGAAAGCACACGUGCCCUUUGACUCUUCUUUGACUUUGAGGUGAAGAAGCUUCCAACUUCCAACUCCCCCCCCCAUCUCCCCUAAUUCUCUCUCUCACACACGCCCUAAUUUCUGUCUGACACCACCGCCGAACCUCCAUCGCCUCGACUUUCGUGGUUUCAAUUCUCCCGACAAUGAGGCUUUCCGCGUGUUGAAGUGCUUCGAGCUGUGUUCUUGAAUUGCAGGGGAAUUUAGUUCAAUGCGUGUCAGCUUGUACUGUUGACUGAGCUCAGCGAGGUUGACUUGGAUCGGCCAAGACGAGUUUAGGGUCUUUGCAUCGGCAAAAUUGGAUGGGUUAGCUGGAUUUUCUAAUGCAUCAAUUCGUUUGUUAACUUCAUUUCGUUUCGAUUGUUGCUGUGAAUUCAGGAGGGGAAAAAAAUGCCCGGGGACCGGCAUUGUCGUCGUAUUGAUACUAUUGAGCUGAAACUUCAGAUUGAAAUGAGGCUUGGUCGACAAAAAACUGAGCAGUAUUUCAAUCUCUUGAAUAGGUACUUGAGUCUCAAGAUUAGUAAAUCAGAUUUUGAUAAGCUCUGUAUCAACUUAUUGGGGAGAGAGAGUGUUACUCUCCAUAAUAGACUUAUUCGAGCCAUAAUUAGAAAUGCUCAUCUUUCAAAGUCCCCUCCACCCAAGUGUGGAAAAGGGAAAGCAUCGUUGAAUGUGAAGGUGCCGAAUAAGUACCAAUGGUUUGGCAGAGAUUCAGUUCACGAGUCUCCAACAAACGGGAGGAUUCCGACUCCUUGGGAUUGUAAGUCCAAGGACCGAACUAGUCCACUCGGGCCCUAUGGGAAGCCCCAUAGUGUACCAUCUGAAGACUCAUUGCUGAAGGUUCAGGAACAGCAUAGUGCUACAGAGCUGUUGUCUUUAGGUAGCAGGCCUCCUGUCGAAGUCACCUCUGUGGAAGAGGGGGAAGAAAUUGAACAGCUUGCUGGAAGCCCUGGGACUCAUAGUCGAAGCCCUCUUAGUGCUCCUUUUGGAGUUUCUCUAAAUAAGAAAGGAACGAGGGAAAUGUUAUCUCAUGGAUCAUCACAAUCUGUUGGUGUGGAAACCUGCUAUAACAAUGGUGAACUUCCUGAUACUAGUUCGUUAAGAAAGAGAUUGAAACAAGCGUUGGAGAUGGAGGGUUUAAACGUCUCAACAGAUUCUGCAAACUUGUUAAACAGUGGCUUGGAUAUUUUCAUGAAGAGAUUAUUAAAACCCUGUUUGAAUUUAGCUUCUUCAAGGUCUGAAAGCAAGGUUUCCAAUAAAGUUUAUCAUGUGGCUAGGUCCUCUACAAAUGGAAUAAGGCCGCUGACAGUUGUACAAAAUUCCAAUCAAUCGUUUUCUGUGUCAAUGGCCGACUUUCAAGUCGCAAUGCAAUCAAAUUCCCAAAUACUUGGGGAAGAUUGGCCAAUACUACUGGAGAAGAUGUUGUGUGCAACCGAGGAAUAUUUGAGUGGGUAGUCUGUUAUUUGUUGUGUAACAGUAACUUUGGCGUUCAUCUGAAAACCUGACGACCUAUUAUUGGGACUACAGAAGCUCAUCUAACUAUUUAGGUGACACAAUUGAGGUGAACUUAUGUGGUCUAGAGCUGCAGCAAAUUUUGGAUAGUUAGGCUAGAUUGUAUAUAUGUUACACAUCUGAUUUCUGAUUAUUUCUGAAUUGGGAGUUCUUAUCUCAUAAACUAUAAAUGGAUAUGGAUACUUGUAAGGUUGUAGCAAUUAUACAGAGGUUUAGUGGUCUCUUCAACUUAACUAUAUGACAUCUUAUUUGUCUCAUUGUCCUUCUAUUUUUAAUAAAUAACCUUUUCUGA